CGACGCUGGAGGGAGAUUUGAGAGGCGCAUGGACCACAGUCGGCCCCAAACUUUUCUGUCGACUUAAGCGGUUGAUCAGUUUCUUGCUUUAUCGUCACGUUUUACCAUCAUGGAAGCAGACGGCGACAUUAAAACGACGCCGAGAGGGUUUCACUGCACUCUGUGCAACGUCAACUUACCAAACGUGCCGAGCGUGGAUCAGCAUGUCAAAGGGCGGAAACACACGACGCUGAGCACUGUGCGGUCCACCAGGAAGACCCAGGAGGAGCACAGUGUGUUUGUCAGUGGCAUCAAGCCUGACACCUCUCGGACUGACAUAGCUGAAUACUUCCAGCAGUUUGGGCCGGUCUCAGAUGUUGUCGUGGAUAAAGACAAGGGUGUGUACGCCAUCGUGCAGUUCAGCGAGACUGACAGCAUACAGGCAGCCCUGUCCUGCGCUGAGCAUCGGAUGAAAGGCCUGAAGCUGCGCGUCAAAACCAGGGAAAAGAAGGAUUUCAAGUUGAUUCCCAAGAAGAAGAAUGACUUCCAGAACCUCCAACAAGUCCUCGACUGUCUCAAACCCCAGCUGUGUCAGCUGGUGUCUGUGGAUGCCCAGAUGCAGCACAUUGUCGAGCGAUGUCAGCUGGGGGAAAACGAAAAGAAGGCCCGAGGCUUGCUGGUUCAACUCCUGGAGGAGGUUUUUGUGGAGUUUUUCCCAGACAGCCAGAUUCUGCCAUUUGGUUCAUCUGUCAACACUUUCGGCAUCCACUCCUGUGACUUAGACCUGUUCCUGGACCUGGAAAACACCAAGGUGUUCCAGGCCCGUGCCAAGUCCACCACAGAGCAGGCAGGGGAGGGCAUGUCAGACGACGGCCGUUCUGAGGACUCCAUCCUCUCUGACAUUGACCUGUCCACUGCCUCUCCGGCCGAGGUUCUGGAGCUUGUGGCAGCGAUCCUUAGACGCUGUGUCCCCAGCGUCCACAAAGUCCAGGUGGUCAGCAGCGCUCGUCUUCCCGUUGUCAAGUUCCAUCACCGGGAGCUUAACCUGCAGGGGGACAUCACCAUUAACAACAGACUAGCAGUGAGGAACACCCGCUUCCUCCAGCUGUGUUCAGGGAUGGAGGACAGGCUGAGGCCUCUGGUGUACACCAUCCGCUUCUGGGCCAAGCAGAAGCAGCUGGCUGGUAAUCCCAGUGGUGCCGGUCCUCUGCUCAACAACUACGCUCUGACACUCCUGAUCAUCUUCUUCCUGCAAAACUGUGAACCUCCUGUCCUCCCCACAGUGGACCAGCUCAAAGACUUGGCCUGUGAGGAGGAAGAGUGUGUGAUUGAGGGCUGGAACUGCACCUUCCCUAGUCAGCCUAUUGCAGUGCCCCCCAGCAAGAAUACACAGGACCUCUGCACCCUGCUCGCUGGCUUUUUCUCCUUCUAUGCCGAGUUUGAUUUUGCCAGCAGUGUCAUAUCUGUCAGGGAGGGGUGUGCACUCCCAGUCACUGAUUUCCUCAGCCAGAAUAAAGAGCAGGCCAUGCAAGAGGAACAACCCAUCAAGACUCAUCACCACGGUCUCAAACUGGGCCCCCUAAAUCUCUCAGACCCCUUUGAGCUCUCCCACAACGUAGCUGGAAACCUGAAUGAACGCUGUCAGCGCAGCUUCCAGAGGGAGUGCCAGGAGGCCGCCAAGUACUGCCGCAGCCUGCAGUACCAGCGCAAAUCCACCAAGGGAAAGCCAUGGGGGCUGCUGCGCUUGUUGACCCCCCACGGGGAGGUCCCACAUACCAAAACAGAGCAGCUGACCAUCAGCAUCCCCUUCAAAUUCGCGUCACUCCCUGAAGUGCUGCGAAAUCAGCUGCACAUGGCGGGAGAUGGUUUCCGGCUGCUGUGGUUUCAGAAGGUUUGCUCUGCCGUGGAGGGAGUCUUCCAAAGUGUUCUCCAGUGUCGCCUCACUCCCUCCGCAGACGGCGUUAUUGGUGAGGAUUCAGCUGUGGAUGCUGCCGAGGAAAUGGAAACUCCACCAGCUUCCCUCAACACAUCAGCAAAUGACAGCUACAGCAGUGUUGAAAGCCAGAACGAAGCGAGCCCUCUGGGUACAGCCGUGCUCGGUGCCAAGAGGCCGCUGUCCUCCGGCAGCGAUGCUUCUGUGUCGCCUCAAGGCAAGAAGCCAAGACUGGCGAAAAGGGGCAAGCCUGAAUCCCCUCACUGGACCUGUGUGCAGAAGCACAUGGUGUGGGCUGGCAGGAGGAAAGUGAGAAGGGAGCUGAUCAAAGAUGCAGACUCGAAGCCAGAGGGCAGCUGUAUGGAGCUGGAGUGCCAGGUCACAGCUCACAUCACUGAAAAAGAGCCGGAGCUCAAGGAGCCCCUGGAGUUCAAGGUUCAGCCCCAGAUGGUGGGUGGGACAGAAAGCACAAAGGCGGUGCUCAAGUUAGAGCCAACCAGUGACAAGACAGGAGUUUUUCAUGACUUCUUUCAUUUCCUGGAAGCGUUCUUACCAAAGAUGGUAGAGACCUUGCUAGAGAGACAGGAAGUUGGAAGCACUUAAAACUGGUCCUAUUUCAGUUUUCGCCGUCCAAUCAAAGAAUUUUGUGUUUUCUUUCUUUUGAAUCAAGGAUGGCAUUAUUAUUACUUGUAUUAACCCUUGAGAGCGGGACAUGAAAGAGAGUUACUGUGGCUUUAUACUGACCAGGCAUCAGUUAUCGUAUUUGUAAAUAUGGGCUUUGUCAGAAGUUUGUAGUGUUUUUGUGUAUACUAUAUAUUUGUCAUUUGUUCAGAAUAAGAUUUCCUGAUUAAGCCUACUUUUUAUGUUUGAGAUGGUGGCUUGGUUUUAGUACAUUUCUGUUUAAAUUAAGGCUCUUACAUCAUGAAGCUUUGAAGGGUAAAUUCAGUAGCAGACGUUUGGUUUACGCACCGUGUG